AUGUGUGGGAUUUUCUUCUCUCUGAGCACUAAUGGAUCUGUGCUUCCAAAUGAGGAGACUUGCACUCUAUUGCGGAACCGAGGGCCAGAUAGCUUCCAGGUUCAUACAGUACAACGGAGCUUGGCUCCGGGUCAUUCUGUCCAUUCGCCAGCUCCGAAUAUAGUCCUCACAUUCGUUUCCACCGUGCUGUCACUGAGGGGAGAUCGUAUUCAUUCUCAGCCGUUUGUGGAUCCAACCACGCAGUCCGUGCUUUGCUGGAACGGCGAGGCUUGGAAGAUAGCUGGUGAACCUGUCCAGGAUAAUGAUACCGAGUUAAUCUUCCAGUCAUUUUUACAUGCUAUCAAACCCUGUUCGGGGCAAGAACUUUCAAGAACCUCAACUGAGAGAGAUGAGAAAGGUGCGGUUCGACGAAUAGCGGAUGUUAUAAGUAACAUAACAGGCCCCUUCUCCUUUGUUUUCUAUGAUGCCGUCAACUCAAAGCUUUAUUUCAGUAGGGACUGUCUUGGACGGCGAUCUCUGUUGCGAGGCCUCGACGAGGCUGGGAACCUGAGGAUAUGCAGUAUCUGCGAUAGUUCUUCAUCAACGCACUUUGACGAAGUCGAUACCAAUGGCGUGCAUAUGAUUGACUUUGAACAAAACAUCCUGCAGAAUGCUCUUGGACCUGGUCCCAUCAAAUUCAACCUUGAAAGCAUUCAAACACUUCCCUGGGAGCACAAAGAACCGUCGCUCAGCUAUUUGCAAACCCAGAGGAACCCAAUACCUCAGAUGAACAAAUCUAUUCCUGAUGGUACGCCACCUCCGCUGACUGUCGACUCUCCCUGUGUCCAAGAACUUGAGCAAGCACUCCGUGAAUCUCUCCAACUAAGGAUUCAGAAUGUGCCUGAACCGCCAUCCACCACCUCUGGUGACGUGAAAGUUUCAGUGCUAUUCUCUGGUGGACUUGACUGCACUUUACUUGCUAGACUGUCCCAUGAUGUCCUCUCCAAGGAUGAGACGAUUGAUCUACUCAAUGUUGCAUUCGAGAACCCCCGCGUGGCCGCAGCAGCUGCAAAUAAAGGAGAGGCGACCUUGUCUGUCUAUGAAAGCUGUCCAGAUCGCAUGACGGGUCGUGCAGCAUUCGCCGAACUGCAGAGAGUUUGCCCAGAUCGCAACUGGCGAUUCGUUGCUAUAGACAUACCCUAUGCCCAAACAAUCGCGCACCGCGAUAUGGUCAAGCGCUUGAUGCGGCCACACAACACAGAGAUGGACCUUUCGAUUGCCUGCGCGCUCUACUUUGCGUCUCGCGCGAAAGGUACAGCACUCGACAGCCGAGGCAACUCGAUUGAACCACGCCAAUAUACCAGUUCCGCCAGAGUACUGCUUUCCGGUCUAGGAGCCGAUGAAUUGUUCGCGGGCUACGCACGACAUGGGGUGGCAUUUGCGCGGGAUGGAUUCCGCGGCCUUAUCGACGAGAUCCAUCUGGACGUCAGCCGUCUCGGCAAGCGUAACCUUGGUCGCGACGAUCGAAUCCUCUCAAACUGCGGUCGUGAGCCCCGAUACCCAUACUUGGACGAAGACUUCGUGUCCUACGUGCUGCGAGCUCCUGUGUGGGAGAAAUGCGGCUUCGGGGUGCCCGAUCUGCCAGAAGGCACAACAACAGACCAGACAGGCAUUGACUCCGAGAAGAAGGCACUCCGCCUUCUAGCCCUGAAGCUGGGCAUGUCCCACGUCGCGAGGGAGAAGAAGCGAGCGAUCCAGUUCGGCUCCAGAACCGCCAAGAUGGAAAAGGGUAGAACGAAAGGCACCGAUGCGCUGAGCUGA